AUGGAUCAAGAACAUUAUGAGAUUCCCAAGAUUCUUAAAAUUGUGGUGAGUAAGUUAGUCUAACUCAAAUUUUGAAAACCCCCAACUUUCACAGAAUUCAGAUAGAUUUUCGAAAAAUCGCACUUCCCACCUGUUAAAUCGUGAAAUAUGUCCAGAUGUUCGGAAAUCACGAGUUUCCCUCAAACUGCAGCAUUUGCGACUAUUCGAGCGUGGAAAAUUCAAAAAAGUGGCGAGUUUAGAGCAGGCAACUGUGGGAUUUUUGCGAAGUUCACGAUUUUUUGUGACUUGCGAAGGAUUUGAUGGAUAUAGGGAGAUUUCGAUUUAUGAAUUUAAUGGACAUUUUGCAGUUUUGGUGAGUUUUAAAGGGGAGUUUCGUGGGAAAAUUGAUUUUUCGGUCUAGAAUCCUGAAAACUAUCUAAACAGGGCUUGCGAAGCCCGCCACGUGGAUUUUGAGCUCUAAUAUUAAUUUUAGGCUUAUUUUUAAUCAAAAUUUACCCAAGCCCCUUCAAAACCCUAAAUUCCUCUUCCAGAAGUCAAAAAUCCACCAAAAUAUCUUGGAAAAACUCGAAAUUUUCGACAAUUUCUCCGAAACUUUGCUAUUUUGGAGCCCAAAACUCGAUCGGAAUUUCAAAGAAGAAUCACUGAAUUUUCGAGUUUCCCCCACAAUUUUCUAUAUUCCAUGGAACUUGCAAAUUGAUGUGGAUGUUAGUAGUGUUUUGUAUAAUCGAAGGACCGAGAAUUUGAAGUGGGUUGGGUUUUUAAACCUAAAAAAACGUGAUUUUUAAUGAAAAAAAUGCUGAAAAAUCAUGAUUUUCACCGAAUUUCCCACUCAAAACCUCUAUUUUCUUUUUUGCAGAUCCCUUCUUCACCCAAUCAAAAAUGGCUUUAUUUUUUCGACUUGCGAAACAAUUUUAUGCGUAAAAAUAUCCUCAAAAACCCCUCGAAAAAUCGAUAAAAAUUACCAAAAUUUCUCAAAGCAAGAGCAAAUUAUUUGGACAAAUGAGAGCCCCGGAAAACCGUUUUUCGAGAAUUUCGAAAAUUCCCAGAAAAUCCGACGAUUUUUGAUGGAAACAUCAAACAAGGAGAGGAUUAUUUUCACAAAAAAUCGAAAAAUUCCCGAGAAUUUGGCAAUUUUUGUGACGAAAAAUGCGUUGGAUUUGGAGAAUUUGAUCAAUUAUUUUGUGCCAAAAGCACUGGCGAAUUCUGGAAUUUCAGCCAAAUUAUUGGGAAUUUGUGAUUAUGAGGGAGAUGUUUUGGAGGUCUCAGUGGUGGAUUCGGUGGUGAAAAUUUUGGUUUUAACGGUUUGCGAAGUGAAAGUUGUUACGAAAUUGGAGGAGAAGGAGAAUGAAGUCAGAAAUUUGUUCUAUGUUUUUAAGAUUUUGGCGGAAUGGUGAGUCUUGAAAGAUUUUCUAUGAAAUUUUCAAAAUUGACGUGAAACUUUAUUUAAAAAAAAAUAAUGAUAAAUGAUCUGCUACUUAAAUUUUUCUCACAAAAAUGUAUAAUCUAAACUAGGCAUUCGACCCGUUUUUCGUUUUGCUCAUCUUUUCCUUGCUCGUUUUUCCUUUCACAGCCGAACCUUGCUUCUGCAUUUUCGCCUUUCGCGUUUUCCGACAAAUCAAAAUUGCAACAGCAGCUACAAGGAUAGCAAUUAAAACCACAACAAUUGAAACAAUAACUAUAAUCAGCAUCAUAUUAUCGCUUUCUUUUUGAUUUUUUUUUCGUUCUUCUUCUUCAGCUUCUUCAGCUUUUUCUUUCACUCCUUCAAUAACAUAGCAUUUCCGUAGUCGAUCUUCACUCCGAAAGACACAAUAACUUCCAUUUUUACAAUGCUUAUUGAGUUUACAUUCAUAUAAAGAUUUAGGUUUUACAAUCGCAUAUUCAAAGGCUGUUUUACCAAGUGUCCAAACAUAGCCAUUUUUGCAAUAUAAAUCGUAGGAUUGUAAGAGUUUUGAAUCAUCGCAUAUUUGAUUUGUUUGAAAAUCUUCGGGAACCACUGGGUUAGGACAGCAUUUUCCCAAUAUAUUACCCUGAAAAAUAGAUUUUUUAAACUACACAAGUAUUCUUCGACCUAACAGCUUCAACCUAACAGCUAAAAUACUCACCGAGGACUUGACCCUUGAACACUGUCCUUUUCCGCCGAAUUGAUUUAUACACGGUGUAUCGAAUUUAGGACAAGGAGGUUGAUUUUCAUGAGGAAUUUCAUGGAUGUGCGGACAAUACUUUUUAUAAUCAGCAAUAGUAGAAAAGCAGAGAAUUGGAAAAACUAUGAAAAGAAUCGAAAAAGUCGGCGAUUUCAUUUUAGUUUUUUUUAUAAAUACUGAUUUUGGAUGAUUUUUGGAUGCAAAUCUUUUGGAAAAAAAAUAAUAUGUGGGUCACGUUAAAAAUGAACACGUGAAAAUUUUUUGGUUAAAAUUUUCUCGGAUUUUUGAAUUGAGAGAUCACAGAAAAUCUAUUGGAGUGAACAAAAAUGUGGAAUCUUUCCCGAAGUUUUAUGCUAGAUUUGAAAAUCGGGAAUUCGGAGUGAAUACGAAACCACAAGAUUCAUUCAAAGUUUUCAGAAUUCCAGUUUUAAAAAAAUCUGAAGAUCACUUUUCCCCCCUGAAAAUCCUAGAAAUUUGUUUUAUGUUUUUAAAAUUUUGGCGGAAUGGUGAGUCUUGAAAGAUUUUCUAUGAAAUUUUCAGUUUCAAAAAAUUGACGUGAAACUUUAUUUAAAAAAAAUAAUGAUAAAUGAUCUUCUACUUAAUUUUUUUCACAAAAUUUAUGAUCUAAACUAGGCAUUCGACCCGUUUUUCGUUUUGCUCAUCUUUUCCUUGCUCGUUUUUCCUUUCUCAGCCGAACCUUGCUUCUGCAUUUUUGCCUUUCGCGUUUUCCGACAAAUCAAAAUUCCAACAGCAGCUACAAGGAUAGCAAUUAAAACCAGAACAAUUGAAACAAUAACUAUAAAGAGCAUCAUAUUAUCUUUUUCUUUCUGUUUUUUUUUCGUUCUUCUUCUUCAGCUUUUUCUUUCACUCCUUCAAUAACAUAACAUUUGUCUUCUUCAUAUUUGAGAUAGACACAAUAACUUCCAUUUUCACAAUCCUUAUUGAAUUGACAUGAAGAUUUAAGUUUUAAUUGCGCAUAUUCAAAGGCUGUUUUACCAAGUGUCCAAACAUAGCCAUUUUUGCAAUAUGAAGAGUAGGAUUGUAAUGGUUUUGAAUCAUCGCAUAUUUGAUUUGUUUGAAAAUCUUCGACAAUCGUUGGUUUCGGACAGCAUUUUCCCACUUCUCUACCCUGAAAAUUGAUUUUUUAAACUACACAAGUAUUCUUCGACCUAACAGCUUCAACCUAACAGCUAAAAUACUCACCGAGGACUUGACCCUUGAACACUGUCCUUUUCCGCCGAAUUGAUUUAUACACAGUGUGUCGAAUUUAGGACAAGAAGGUUGAUUUAUAUGAGGAAUUUCAUGGACGUGCGGACAAUACUUAGUAGUAUCAUAAGCAGCGAUAGUAGAAAAGCAGAGAAUUGGAAAAACGAUGAAAAGAAUCGAAAAAGUCGGCGAUUUCAUUUUUGUUUUUUAUAAAUACUGAUUUUGGAUGCAAAUCUUUUGGAAAAAAAAUAAUAUGUGGGUCACGUUAAAAAUGAAUACGUGAAAAUUUUUUGGAAACAUUUUUUUGGUUAAAAUUUUUUCGGAUUUUUGAAUUGAGAGAUCACAGUAAAUCUAUUGGAGUGAACAAAAAUGUGGCAUCUUUGCCGAAGUUUUUAGUAACGAGAAUCCACGUGGAACUUUUUUUUUAAUUUUGAGUUUUUUUUCGCUAAAAAUUGAUUAAAAACUGAAUUUCCAUUAGAAAAUUUCGGAAUUCCAGCAAAAAUUUGAAAUUCACGGCUCGUGAAAAUCCUCAGCUUCACCUCUCAAAAUUCAAAUUUCAGGAACGCGGAAACCGGAAAAAUCAGCGUCAAAUCAGUACAAAAUGUGAAAACGGUCAAACCAAACGAGGCAACAAAUCCCGCCAAAUGGUAUCCGCUCAAAAAAUUCCCCGAAAAUCCCGGGUCUCGCCCCGAUUUUCUGGCCCAAAAAUCUGAAGACGACACGCCUUUUUUACGAGUAUUUCAGAGAGAAGAUCAGGAAAUUAUGAUUGUUGAAUAA